CUAGUUUACUUGUUUUCAGAUAUUUCAUCAUUCUCUGCUCUCAUUCCGGCGGUCCAUGCUUCGUAGCGCAGCAUCAGCACUGCUGAGGACCAGCACUGAGAUUUCAGCCUUCCGUCCGGUGUUUACGGUCCGGUUCGCUCGGCAGUUGCUCCAAAACAGGCCGUUUUCAACGUCGGUCUGCUUGUGUAAAAAGAAGAAGCAAAGCCUGUGGCUGCAGCUGCCGGACAGACAAACCAUGAGCGGCAACAUGGAAGAGAUUCUCGCCCCUUUGAGGCUCGCAGUCAAAGAACAGGGGGAACUGGUGCGCCAGAUGAAACAGGAUGGAGCUCCUGAUGUGGAUGUCUCCAAAGCUGUGGCUGAACUGAAAGCCAGGAAGAGAACCCUGGAGGCCAAGGAGCUGUCAUUACAACCCAAAGAUGACAUUGUUGACAGAACAAAAAUGGAGGAUACCCUCAAGAGGCGAUUCUUUUACGACCAGGCCUUUGCCAUCUAUGGAGGUGUGAGCGGCCUGUAUGACUUCGGCCCUGUGGGCUGUGCCCUAAAGAACAACAUCCUGCAGGUCUGGAGGCAGCACUUCAUCCAGGAGGAGCAGAUUCUGGAAAUAGACUGCACCAUGCUGACCCCAGAGGCUGUCCUCAAGACAUCAGGACAUGUGGACAAAUUUGCUGACUACAUGGUGAAAGAUGUGAAGAAUGGCGAAUGCUUCAGGGCUGACCACCUCCUCAAAGCCCACCUCCAGAAGCUGAUGUCUGAUAAGAAGUGUGCGGCAGAGAAGAAGGCUGAGAUGGAGGACGUCACCACUCAGAUGGACAACUACACUCAGCAACAGCUGACAGACCUCUUUGUGAAAUACAACGUCAAGUCGCCCAUCUCAGGAAACGACCUCACGCCUCCCGUCUCCUUCAACCUGAUGUUUCAGACGUCCAUCGGACCAGGGGGGCACACGCCAGGCUAUCUGAGGCCUGAAACCGCUCAGGGAAUCUUCCUCAACUUCAAACGUCUGUUGGAGUUCAACCAGGGAAAGCUUCCCUUUGCCGCCGCUCAAAUAGGAACCUCCUUCAGGAACGAGAUCUCUCCUCGCUCCGGACUCAUCCGUGUGAGAGAGUUCACCAUGGCUGAAAUUGAGCACUUUGUGGAUCCAAUGGAGAAGGUCCACCCGAAAUUCUCCAAUGUAGCAGACCUGGACAUCACAUUAUACUCCUCCAUGGCUCAGACUAGUGGCCAGUCUGCACACAUCAUGAGGCUCGGUGACGCUGUGGAGCAGGGAGUGAUCAAUAACUCCGUCCUGGGAUAUUUCAUCGGGAGGAUCUACCUCUACCUUACUAAAGUCGGUAUCUCCAAAGAGAAGCUGCGUUUCCGGCAGCACAUGGACAACGAGAUGGCUCACUACGCCUGUGACUGCUGGGACGCGGAAGCCAAAACCUCCUAUGGCUGGAUCGAAAUCGUGGGCUGUGCUGACCGGUCUUGCUUUGAUCUGCAAUGCCAUUCGCGAGCCACAAAGGUCCCGUUAGUCGCUGAAAAGCCUCUAAAAGAACCCAAAAUUGUAAAUGUCGUCCAGUUCGAGCCCAACAAAGGAGCCAUUGGAAAGGCGUAUAAGAAGGAUGCUAAGAUAGCCAUGGAGUACCUGUCUGUGUGUGACGAGUCCUUCAUCACAGAACAGGAGACGCUGCUCGGUGAGGCUGGAGAGUUCACCAUCGAGGCAGAAGGCAAGUCCUUCAAACUCACAAAGGACAUGGUCGCUGUGAAGCGAUUCCAGAAGACUCUGUAUGUGGAGGAAGUCGUUCCCAAUGUAAUCGAGCCCUCCUUUGGCAUCGGUAGGAUCAUGUACACCAUCUUUGAGCACACGUUCCAAGUCCGAGAAGGCGAUGAACAAAGAACGUACUUUAGCUUCCCAGCUACUGUCGCUCCAUACAAAUGUUCUAUCCUGCCUCUGAGCCAAAACCUGGAAUUCGUUCCCUUCGUGAAGGAGUUGUCUGAGGCGAUGACCAAAAACGGGGUGUCUUACAAGGUGGACGACUCUGCGGGAUCCAUCGGGCGGCGCUACGCCAGGACGGACGAGAUCGGGGUGGCGUUCGGCAUCACCAUCGACUUCGACACACUGAACAAGACGCCUCACACGGCCACGCUGAGAGACCGCGACUCCAUGAGGCAGAUCAGGGCCGAGGUCAGUGAGUUGCCGGUGAUUAUUCAGGAUUUGGCCAACGCCACCUUGACCUGGGCAGAAGUGGAGAGCAAGUACCCCAUCUUUGAAGGACAGGAGACCAGCAGGAAGGAGACCGUUGAAGAGUAACGCUCAUUUGUCUGCCAGUCACGCCUCGAUAAUCCACAGACUUGUUGCAUAUGCAUCAGCAGGAAGAAUAUAGUGAUAAGCUAUUGCGGUGCACCGAGCCCUCUUGUGUUUGAUGCUGCUGCGAUCGCUGAAAUGUCAUCAUAUGCGGAAAGCUUACAGGACGGUUGUUUCUUCGAUUUGCAACAUUUCAUCCAUGUCCAAUCACGUCAAUAUGUUUUAAAAAGGAGGAAAUGGAAGCAGGUUGUUGUCGUCAGGCUUUCACCAUUCCAGUUUUCUGGUUGAUAGGAUUGAGUUGUUUAACCACUUCAAUUAAAACAACCAGCACUUACUGGACUUGGGCGCAUACCUGUCAUGUUUCAAGAGUAUCAAGUCACAAACACAGUUUGUGCACCGAAAUUGAACAAAUUAGGAACUUUAGAAGCUUUGAAAUAUAAAAUUAUGAGCUCUCCAUGCACCUUGUAAGUCGGUGAAGUUGUGCCCAAAACAUUGUCUCCAUAAAUAAUGACCAUUUGAUAUACUGCUAAUUGGUUGUAUUUGGCUGGAAGUUUUAAUUUCUUUCUCAAAGCAGCAGUUUAGAUGACUAAGAAGUAGCUUCUUACUGUUGGUCAACGUCUUCCAAAACAUUUGUCUUGAGUAGCUUCUCCAUCACUGGUGAGGAAUAGAGGAUGAUUUGCAUGGUUCAGAUCCUCGCUGUUCCUCCAGAGUCUUGUUUUAAUUGUAGAGCAGGUAAUCAGAUUUAAUACAAACCUCACGUAAAACCUCCGAUACCGUUGAAUCGCCACACAUAAUCUAUCCUGUGACAUCGGCUCUGUCUGACUUUUACCAGAAUGGCCUCUUGGUCAAGAUCAGGAAUCCCACGAGAUAAAUAUCAGACACUUCGCAUAUCCACUGGGCUCAAAUCUCACCAUCUCUGCCUUAUUAAAAGCCGUUCUGAGUUUCCAUGACAAGACCUUUACUGUUUCAAUCUUUUUUUAAUACCCUUCAUUGAUAAAAAGAUUAGCUGGAUGAUGGCUGGUUUCUCAAGGUCUUUAAAGUCCGGUAUUCUGUCCCAGUGAGCCAGCAUGCACAAUUACAAGACCUUGAAACUGAAGCAGCUCUGGAAUUCAGCCAUCAUUUAUUGUAUUAUUUUUUACCGGUGUCCUUUCUACUGUAACCUUUAUAAAAUGUCCAAAAUCUGCCUACACA